AUGCUCCCUCAAACUUCAGGCACUCCCUCUGCUCAUUCUACCUCACCAAGACUGGACCCGACCGAUGGCCAGCAAGAAACAGUCAAAUUCCGGGUCUGUGAUCAUUGCAGAGUAAAAAAGACAAAAUGUGACAUGGUCCGCCCGGCCUGUGGAAGCUGCCGGUCCCGCCAUGCCAUUUGCACCUACAGCAGGCGAAGAAGAAAACCUGGACCUCCCAAGGGCUGCCAGAAGGGGAGUAGAUCCUUUUCCGAUGCCAGUUCAACCGUUUCAUCCGGGAUUCGGACACGUGGAGGCGCUCCAUCCUUGUCCUCAUCACUUGCAGAGGAGCGUGGUAGGCAUGACGAGGCCAUCGCUAACUCAGUCUCCACCGCCAACUCGGCGGGAUGGAUGCUGAUGGAUCAUGAUGCCGUCGCAGAGUGGCCAUGGCGCGACAAUCUAGUCGGCGACAUCUCGCCACACUACCCGCUAGGCCAAUCCUUUCCCAAAGACUGCUCAGGACUCAGUCCCGAGCUUGAAGCAUAUUUGUUAGAUCUGUAUUUUACACACCUCCAGCCGAUUUAUCCCUUAUUCCGCCAUUCUUAUCCUUGCUUGUUAAGCCGCAAAAUCCCGGAUCUUUCACCCCGCCUCAAAAUGGCCAUCUAUGCCGUCUCGGCUCGGUUUGCCAGCCCGGAGGUCCUAGGAGGCCCGGCGUCGUCCAAACGAUUUGCUCAGCUCGCCAUGAACCUUAAUAAAGGCACUGACCUCACCAUGGAUGAACUCAAGGCAUCUCUCCUGCUCUAUGUUUACGAAAUGUCCGAGUCUUUGAGGUGGGACACGGUGGCGGAAAUCGCGAGGAUCACCCGCAUGGCAGAACUCUACUAUGCUUUACACUUCGAUAGCAGACCCAGCGAGUCGAGCAAGACCAGCACCUUCGACGACUGGAUGCACUUGCAGAGCCAAGAAAGUGACAUCAGCUCAGGUCCUGAUGCCGAAGAAUGGAACAGCGUAUGGUGGUGCAUCUACUCGCUUGACACGAGCUGCAGUGCUGUUACGUCAUUCUCCAAUACCAUUACCGACAACCUACAAGCAAAGAUGGCACUGCCGGCAAUGUCGGUUUCCGAGUUCACGAAUCCAUCGCUUUUUGACCAAGAAUCAUCUGAAGAUGGGUCGCAGUUUAUCAAGUCUGCGGCCGGCGCGAAGCACUGGGAGACCAUGAGCAUGAUAUUCUCCAAGGCUUCGUGCCGCAAUCGGAACCUAUAUUUCGGUGCAUGUUCACUAAUGCGAGCAGUUACCGACCUCCGAUCUCUAACGAUACGGAGCCGUGGCCGUGACAUACAGAAGCGGCUAAACGAGCUCGAGAGCGACUGCACGGCAACGUCUUUUGCACUCCCUCCGUGGUUUUUCAAUGCAACACGUAACUUGGGCAUUGGCGAGACAGACGAGGAACAUCAGCGUCGGCUGGAUGCGCUUCUUGUUUGGUCAGGGGCAAACGUUUUGCUGUCCAUCUGUGCAGCAAAGAUCAGCCACAGUGCUUGCUCGGAGCUUCAGGAGCUCCAAGUCCUAUGGCUCACAAUCCUAUCCAAGGCGAACGAGAUGGUCCUGAUAAUCCAGAACUGGAAGCCUGGCUAUUUCAAAGCCAUAGAUCCCAUGUGCUCAUAUCUGAUACUGCUCGCCGCAUCCGUCCUCGCAUUCGAUGGCGAGCUCGGAGCUACAAACGCGUCGAUGCCAUCUCAGUCAAGUGAGCAUCUCGACCUUCUCCAGUUAUUCCUGGAUAAGAUGGGAAAUAACUGGCCCAUAGCAUGCCGUCUUUCAAAUACCUUGAAGUCGUUGCGGGCCAAGUUGUCGGGGCGGAAGCCGGUACACGAAGACGCCCUCAAUUACCUCAUCCACCUCACCAGCCCCCUCAACGGAACCCUCAUGUGUUCUGCCGAGAAUGGCGUCGAUACACAAUCGCAGCUCACAGAGGAAGCCUCAUCAUUCUGCUUCCCAGCCGUCAGUGCCUUGGAUGUCCCAGGGGAAUUGACCACGCAUUCCAAUGGAGAGUUGCCAGAUAAUGUUGACCCCCAACUUCAAAACUAUCAGUGGCUCGACGAGUUUGAUCUUGCAAGCUUGGACGAUGUUACUGCGGGAAUGGAUCCGCAGUUAUGUUUACAGCAACUUUGA